AUGGCGGAAGAGUCACUGGCGAUUUUGCCGCGGAGCAUGGGCCAACAGCCCACACAGAAGAAGAAAGCCGCUCCGCGGAAGUUCAUCCCAUCGCAGAAGGGCGCGCUCAUCACAGACAAUCCAUUAGAAGAGGAGUGUGCGUACUCUUUCUCCGACAGCCCUGCUUAUCUAAGACAGAAGAAGGCCGAAGACGACGCCAAACGUGCUGCUGAGCUGGAGGGCAAGGAGGAAACCCGCGGCUUUUUGAAGAGCGUCGAGGAUUUGGCUCACAAGCAGAAGUGGGAAGAAGCCUUCCACGUUCUAGAGAAGCGCACCGCAGUGCCCAGUGGGCUGUUCCUUGUGACUCGCGCGCUUCUUCGGUGGAAGUUCUACCACUAUAGCUCGGCACUUCGGGAUGCUGAAGAGGCACUGAAGAACUACGGCAGCUCCACCAAGGCGGGCCCACUGGCAGCGGCGCUGGCAUCCUUUGCCCGGCUCUGCUUGGGCUCAGAGGUGCGAGACAAGGGCUCAUGCUCCAAAGAGCUCCGUCCGUUGCUGGAAGAGUGGGAGCAGGCCGAGGAUGCAGCGCUGAAGAGGCACGCUCUUGGCCAAGGGCUCUUCAAGGUUCGUCAGGAGGAGCGCUUGUCGGAGCCCGUCUGCGUUGAGGGUAUGCAGGCGGAGGAUGGCACGUACCCCGCCGGAGGUGUCCGCUUGGGGUAUGUCCUGUUGAAGAAUCAGCAGGAUGCCACCGCACCCUUUAUCCUUCACUUUCACGGUAGCGGCGAGACAGCUGCAGAUUAUCGACGUCCACAGCUGGCAGAGAAGUACCGGGAUAUUCCUGUACAUUUACUUGUUGCUGACUACAGGGGCUACGGCUGGUCAGCCGGCGAGCCCUCGCUGGCGACUUUCCUGAAGGACGCAGAAGCCUUGGCAGAAAAGCUGCCUGAGCUUUUUGUGCAGCAUGGCCUUGCCUGGCCGUAUCCUGGCGGUCUGAUCCUUUCUGGUAGAUCCCUCGGCGCACAGGUUGCCGUGCAUCUGGCAGUGAUGUUUCCCACACUCUUUAGGGCAAUGGUUCUUGACUCUGCGAUGGCCACUUCCGCAACUGGAGACCGCUUGGGCGAUUCCAGGUUAGCGGUGCUGAAGCAGUGGCGCAAGGAGCUCGAGAACGCCAAUCUGGAGGUGCUUCAACCGUUGGACGCAGAGAUGUGGACGCUGGGUGCACUGGAUAAGAUCCGUGCUUUUAAUGGACAGCUCUUACUUCUGCAUGGUCUCAGCGACGACCUUGUACCUUACGAGGGUAGCGAGAGCCUACAUGCCGCUGCGGCAUCGCGCCAGAAGGAGAUCAUCUUGAUCAAGGAAGCGAACCACAACAACAUCGGCCAGCACCAAGAGUAUUGGCAUUCGUUGCGGCGCUUCGCCCUCAAGGUUCAGCUGGACAGCAGCCUUCCAUCCGUGGGCCCGGCUGUGGAACACUUGUGCGCGGUUUGUGCGCAGAAAGCGGUCUCCAAAUGCGGCCGUUGCCAAAAGGUGUGGUACUGUUCGCGAUCGCACCAGGCCGAUCACUGGAAGACUCACAAGGUCUCCUGCCAGGGUGGGGCUGAACCAACACCCAAGGUGGUGAAGGAGGCCGAGGCAUCGCUGAUUGCGGUCGUUGCCGCAGAGAUCACUUCCGAGAGUUUGGCAUCGUUGAGAGCUACAUUGGCCUCGGUACUGGCCCAGGACCAGCUGAAGGCGCUGUACAUCAGCUUUCACGCCUCAGAGCUUGCGGGACAGGUGGAAUCUGAGCUGGAAGAGCUUCAGAAGAAAUCCAACUCAGUCACGAUGAAGUGGUCCAAGUCGGCCGAUGCCAUCUCCUUUUUUGAGCAUGUGAAGGCUGCAAUGGCCUUGACCUGUUCAGAGACUGCACAGGCUUGGGUUUCUUUGGUCAGUCCUGGCCAGCUUUGGAGCAGCAGGUAUUCCUCUGUCCUGCUGCCGACCUUGCGCCGGGCAGCGGCCGACCCCCGGGUUCUGGCUGUGCGUUCCAGGAGGUGUGCCAGGUUAUCGAGCGGCUCCGCUGCAGAGGUUGAUGAUGCAUUCGCUGGGAAGAUGGCCGAGCUCUCGCAGGACGAAGGUGUCGGCUCGAUUCUGGUGCUGGCCAAGACGCUCCAGGCAUUUCUGGAGACAAGCCCAGUUCCGGCAUUGCAGAGCGAUCUAUGCGCCCAUCGCUUUGCACACAAGAUGUUGAAUGCCUUCGGCAAGAAGGUCCUGGAAGCCCCACUCCCGGAGGGCGAGUGGAUGCGCAGUGUCAGCGAGACUUGCCAGCUGCCGGGAAGUCAGGUCACUGACCAGGAGGCAGAAGACAAUGCACGGCGUGGGGAGGAGCUGGUCAAGAGCUCCUCGUCCAGGUUUGAUGCACCAGAAGCAGAGCGAGAGCAACUGCCGACCAGGCUGAGAGACGCCAGCGAAGCUUCAGAGAUGAUAGGUGCCAUAAGGACGUCAAUCAGUCGAAGAUUUAUCCUGCGUGCGGGUGAAGCGGUUGACCCAAAGGACCUUCGGGAACUUUCGGAGGAUUUGGUGACAGAUGCAAUCGAGGCUGCUGGUCUGGAUCAGGUCAUUGGCAUUCAAAGCUGGGCACGGAAGACAGCUCUGGACUUGGCACAGGCUGCAGCGGAGAAGUUCGAGGUUAAGGUGCGUGACAAAUAG